AUGUUUUUCUACUUUACGUUCAAAAUCAUCAGCGCGACAGUCGCAUUUCUCUACCCGGGCUAUGCCUCAUACAAGACCCUUUCACAGCGCCCUGCAUCUGAGGAGGAGCUGGAGCGUUGGCUGAUGUACUGGAGUGUUCUUGGCUGCAUAGUUGCUGUCGAAUAUGUAGCGGAGUGGCUAGUUUCAUGGCUUCCGUUUUAUUAUCCUAUCAAGAUGAUUUUCCUCCUCUAUCUUGCACUCCCUCAAACAGCUGGCGCCGCUUAUGUCUACCGCGCACACCUCCAGCCCUUCUUCGCAACCCACGAGUCGCAGAUCGACUCUGCCCUAGCCCAGCUAAAGGCGCAUCUAUAUUCGUCUCUCCAACGCGUCUUACGUGCAGCUUGGGACCACGUCUCAGCGACUCUUCGCCAGAUGAACAUGCCAGUUGGAAAUGAGGCACCUUUGACUCAGGAGGCCGCGGUAAACUCCGGUGCACCCCCGACUCUCUCUGACCCUGUUUCGGGACCCACCCAGCUCGUACAAGGACUUUGGGGUAGCUACGGUCCGAGCAUCAUUGCUUCUGGCGCCGCACUCUUACGACAAGCGCAAGCAUCCACCGCUCAAGCUGCGAACGCUGCGACCGCGAAUGUAGGUGGCAGACGCGCGUCCUCUUCUUCGGCUCAGCCACCAGUGCAGCCAUACGAUCUGUCAGAUUCCAACCCCUCAUCUCCCGCUGCAGCGCAGAGCGUUCUUAUGCCGUCUGCGGACCAUCCAAGGCGCGAUUCUUCUUCGUCGUCAGGCUCCAUGCGUCGGCGUGUCGAUAGUGGGAAUGCGAAAUCGACAUUUGAGGAAGUGGAAGUGCCGAGUGACAUGGAAGGCGAAGGAGUGGGUCAUGCGGUUCCAGAAAGACCAGCGCAGACAAGGAAGACCAGCUGGUUUGGGUGGGGUUCGGCUAACGCUGGAAAGGGGUACGAACGCGUGAAGGAUGAUUAG